AAAGCCUCAUAAGCACUAGUAAACACAAAUCCACCAUGAAGACAUUCCUCAUCUUUACCCUCCUUGCCAUGGCGGUAACCAUUUCCACCGCCAAUGAGCAAUUUAAACAUAGUUGCCAACAUCAACCUCAACAACCAUUUCCUUGGCAGCAAUAUCCAUUUCCUGGGCAACAAAAACCCUUUCCCGGGCAACAACAACCAUUUCCUGAGCAACAACAACCAUUUCCCGACCAACAAAAGCAAGUUCCUGGGCAACAAAUUCCAUUUCCUGGGAUACAACAACUAAUUCCGGGGCAACAACAACCAUUUCCUGACCAACAACAACCAUUUCCUGGAUUUCCAAUUCCUUGGAUACAACAAACUUUUCCCGGGCAACCUCAACCAUUUCCUGACCAACAACAGCCAUUUCCCGGCCAACAACUUCCAUUUGCUGGGCAACAACAACUAAUUCCCGGGCAACAACAACCAUUUCCUGACCAACAACAGCAGAUUCCCGGGCAACAAUUUCCAUUUCCCGUGCAGCAACAACCAUUUCCUGGGAAACAACAGCUAAUUCCUGGGCAACAACAAUCAUUUCCCGACCAACAACAACCAUUUCCUGGACAACAAUUUCCAAUUCCUUUGAUACAACAGACUUUUCCCGGUCAACCUCAACCAUUUCCUGACCAACAACAACCAUUUCCCGGCCAACAACUUCCAUUUCCUGGGCAACAACAACUAAUUCCCGGGCAACAACAACCAUUUCCUGACCAACAACAGCAGAUUCCCGGGCAACAAUUUCCAUUUCCCGGGCAGCAACAACCAUUUCCUGGGAAACAACAGCUAAUUCCUGGGCAAUUACAACCAUUUCCUGACCAACAACAACAUAUUCCCGGGCAACAACAACCAUUUCCCGGCCAACAACAAUUAUUUCCUGGACAACAACAACAACAACCAUUUCCCGACCAACACCAACAAAUUCCAGGGGAACAAUUGCAAUAUCCCGGGGAGCAACAAACGUUUCCUGGACAACAACAACCAUUUCCUGACCAACAACAACCAUUUCCUGGCCAACAACUUCCAUUUCCUGGGCAACAACAACUAAUUCCCGGGCAACUACAACAAUUUCCUGACCAACAACAGAUUCCCGGGCAAGAACUGCAAUUUCCCGGGCAACAUCAGCAAUUUCCCGGGCAACAACAACCAUUUCCUGUGCAACAACAAUCAUUUCCGCAAUUACAACAGUUAAACCCAUGCAGGGAUUUCCUCCUACAACAGUGCAACCCAGUGACAAUGGUGACGUUCCUCCGGUCGUGGAUCUUGCAGCAGAGUAGUUGCCAAGUGAUGCGGCAACAAUGUUGCCAACAGCUAGCGCAGAUCCCUGAGAAUUCCCGGUUACCUGCAAUCCAUGGUGUUGUGGAAGCAAUCUUCCUACAACAACAACAUAAGCAAGGUGAUUUCUUGCAACCUCAGAAGCUGCAUCAGAUUGUUCAAGGUUUAUUCCAUCCUCAACAACAAUGCGGUCAGGGUGCGUCCAUCCAGCAACAACAACAGUACAUUGUCAUUCAGGGUAUACUCCAGCCUCAGCAGCUAGCUCAGUUAGAGGCAAUAAGGGCUUUAGCGCUAAAGACCCUACCGGCGAUGUGCAAAGUGCAAGUCCCACCAUACUAUUAAACCAUCACUACGCCAUCUGGCACCAUUAGACGGCCCAUCACUAUAUAGAGGAUGGACCGAUUGGUGUAGUGGUGAGAAAUAAAGUGCAAUGCACCGUCAUGUAUGACCCCGACCUGUACUAGUUCAAACUUGGGAAUAAAAGAAAAAUAAAGUUCUUUUCUGCAUAA